AAACUUGUGAGAAACAUGUUUCCCAUUAUAUUAAAUGAAUGGAGCAACAAUAAUCUUUAACACAUUACCACUACUAUUCCAUGUAGAAUAUCCUGUAUUUGAGGCAGACAUGCUAGCAGUAUUUUAAAAUCUUCAAACCAGUGGGAUGUCCACGUUUCCUCUGUAAACAUGGAAACAUACAAUGCCUUGCAAAAGUAUUCAUCCCCCUUGGCAUUUUUCCUAUUUUGUUGCAUUACAACCUGUAAUUUAAAUUGAUGUUUAUUUGGAUUUCAUGUAAUGGACAUACACAAAAUAGUCCAAAUUGGUGAAGUGAAAUGAAAAAAUUAUACAAAAAAAUAACGGAAAAGUGGUGUGUGCAUAUGUGUUCGCCCCCUUUGCUAUGAAUCCCCUAAAUAAGAUCUGGUGCAACCAAUUACCUUCAGAAGUCACAUAAUUAGUUAAAUAAAGUCCACCUGUGUGCAAUCUAAGUGUCACAUGAUCUCAGUAUAUAUACACCUGUUCUGAAAGGCCCCAGAGUCUGCAACACCACUAAGCAAGGGGCACCACCAAGCAAGCGGCACCAUGAAGACCAAGGAGCUCUCCAAACAGGUCAGGGACAAAGUUGUGGAGAAGUACAGAACAGGGUUGGGUUAUAAAAAAAUAUCAGAAACUUUGAACAUCCCACAGAGCACCAUUAAAUCCAUUAUUAAAAAAUUGAAAGAAUAUGGCACCACAACAAACCUUCUAAGGGAGGGCCGCCCACCAAAACCCACGGACCAGGCAAGGAGGGCAUUAAUCAGAGAGGCAACAAAGAGACCAAAGAUAACCCUGAAUGAGCUGCAAAGCUCCACAGCGGAGAUUGGAGCAUCUGUCCAUAGGACCACUUUAAACAAUACAUUCCACAGAGCUGGGCUUUACGGAAGAGUGGCCAGAAAAAAGCCAUUGCUUAAAGAAAAUAAUAAGCAAACAUGUUUGGAGUUCGCCAAAAGGCAUGUGGGAGACUCCCCAAACAUAUGGAAGAAGGUACUCUGGUCAGAUGAGACUAAAAUGGAGUUUUUUGGCCAUCAAGGAAAACCCUAUUUGUCUGGCGCAAACCCAACACCUCUCAUCAUCCCGAGAACACCAUCCCCACAGUGAAGCAUGGUGGUGGCAGCAUCAUGCUGUGGGGAUGUUUUUCAGCGGCAGGGACUGGGAAACUGGUCAGAAUUUAAGGAAUGAUGGAUGGUGCUAAAUACAGGGAAAUUCUUGAGGGAAACCUGUUUCAGUCUUCCAGAGAUUUGAGACUGGGACGGAGGUUCACCUUCCAGCAGGACAAAGAUAGCUGUACAAGGGGGAGGGGGGGGGGGGGGGGGGGGGGGGGGGGGGUGAAUAGUUAUGCACGCUCAAGUUUUCUGUUUUUUUUCUUGUUUGUUUCACAAGAAAAAAGAUUUUGUAUCUUCAAAGUGGUAGACAUGUUGUGUAAAUCGAAUGAUACAAACCCCCUCAAAAAUCUAUUUGAAUUCCAGGUUGUAAGGCAACAAAAUAGGAAAAAUGCCAAGGGGGGUGAAUACUUUCGCAAGCCACUGUAAGCUGCUGCCCAGCUAAUUACAGUAAGGGCUCCUUUGUUGGUGGCUGCUGUGGCUUUGUAAUAGAGACACACACAGUUUCUCACCUCGUUCAAUAGCUCUGCGUCUUGGCUUUCCCCUGAAGUCACAAGUUGUAUCCUUGGAUCUUUUCAAGGGCCAGGGGCAUUGUUCUCUCUCCUCUGUUCAGCUCCUUUUGUUUGUCCAAAGUGUAGAAUCUUACAGAAAAAAAGAUGUACUGUUACUCACUCCCUCCUCAGUCCUUUUACUGCAAAACAAUACAAAAUAUAUUUAACCUAUGAUGUGAUUAGUCUAUUCAGUCCUUCAUUUCUUAAUGUUACACUAUUUUUUUGUCUCAAGAAAUCAGACCAACAAUUGCUUUCCCAGUUCUACCGUGCUGAUGAAGAGCUGAGGCAGGUGGCUGACAAGCUCAACAGCCUGGAUGGCAAGAACGAACCCCAACGCUGUGCCCUGCUGGUCAGCCAGUUCCGCUCCUGCCAGGUAAAGAAGGAUUGUGUCCCAAAUGGCACCCUAUUCCCUAUUUGGUGCACUACUUUUGACCAGAGCCCUAAAGGCCCUGGUCAAAAGUAGUGCACUACUAAGGGAAUAGGGUGCCAUUUGGGACACAACCAAGUGAAUCAUCAUCACUUCCUCUUAUUGUGAUGAUAAAUGCAUCAGUAGUGACCUUUAUGAUAGUGAUGCACAAACUGCAGAAUAGUAUGUGCUAUCUUCAAUGGGAUUCCUCUAUUGGGAUUUACAACAGGACAAUGUGCUGAGCAUCCUCAACCAGAUCAUGAAUGAGUGUAUCCCAGGCGAGAGAGCCAAUCGAGACUUCUAUGUCAAGUUCCCAGAGGAGAUCCAACAGGAGAACCUGGAAGGCCAGCUGUGGUUUGGAGCUGAGGUACCUGCUAUCUUAUCUUGACACUUCAGAAGUUCAUGUCUCGGCGACAGCAUAAUAGAACAAUUGCUGGUCAGAGUGAUUUUGGCUAUUAUCUUUGAAAAGCAGACUAUGUAGAAUAACACAUUUCUGUUAUCUCCCUAGUGUUUGGCUGCUGGCUCCAUCAUCAUGAACCAGGAGUCUGAGAGCGAGGCAAUGCGUCCCCUAGCAAAGGAACUGACUCGCUGCAUAGACGAAGUACGGAGCAUCGCCCGUGACCAGGCUCUUCGCAAUCGGAAUGUCUAUACAGAGCUACUGUGCCAGGCCUUGAGAAAAUUUGACAACCUGUUUGCAGAUUUCGAGUUCAGGUGAGACUGUGAAAAUGAUAUUUCACUCCCUCAGGAAAAGUGGGUUUCAUAACGUAACACACUCACUCUAUUUUUCUUUCUGUACCUAAGCUAUGUUUCAGCCAUGGUACCAGUCAAGUCCUUUAAACAGUAUGACAUCCAACAGGAUGUCACUGUGCUGUUCUGUGAGACAGUGUCCAGGUGAGAAUUGAUAUGUAGUUCUCACCUAUAUAUGCUUCCCAUCACAUAAUUGUUUUAUUAAUCUACUAAUAAAUGUUACUAAGUCACUUUUUCUCUCAUGGAUUCAUAUAGGGCACUAAAACGGGGAUAUAUCACUCAAGACCUGAUCGAUGACUAUGAGCCUGCACUCAUGUUUACAAUCCCACGAUUAGCUAUAGUGUGGUGAGUGUUCUGAAAAACUCUCCAAUAAAUACCUUUUCAAUUGUCAUUUUUAUUGUACAGUAUUUUAAUCAUCUACAUCACUACAAAUUCUCAAACCAAAUGCCACGUGUCUAUCAAGUGGUCUAGUGGUGUUUCCUGAUGGCCCCAUGAAGCUGGAUGGUGAGUUGGAGGACAUGUCUGAGUUAUUCAGGCCCUUCCACUCUUUACUGAAGAAAAUCAGGUACAGUACUUCCAUUUCAAAGCCUAGUUUUAACAAUAACAUUAGUCUUGAUGAGGUACAGUGGGGAAAAAAAAUAUUUAGUCAGCCACCAAUUGUGCAAGUUCUCCCACUUAAAAAGAUGAGAGAGGCCUGUAAUUUUCAUCAUAGGUACACGUCAACUAUGACAGACAAAUUGAGAAAAAUAAAUCCAGAAAAUCACAUUGUAGGAUUUUUUAUGAAUUUAUUUGCAAAUUAUGGUGGAAAAUAAGUAUUUGGUCACCUACAAACAAGCAAGAUUUCUGGCUCUCACAGACCUGUAACUUCUUCUUUAAGAGGCUCCUCUGUCCUCCACUCGUUACCUGUAUUAAUGGCACCUGUUUGAACUUGUUAUCAGUAUAAAAGACACCUGUCCACAACCUCAAACAGUCACACUCCAAACUCCACUAUGGCCAAGACCAAAGAGCUGUCAAAGGACACCAGGAACAAAAUUGUAGACCUGCACCAGGCUGGGAAGACUGAAUCUGCAAUAGGUAAGCAGCUUGGUUUGAAGAAAUCAACUGUGGGAGCAAUUAUUAGGAAAUGGAAGACAUACAAGACCACUGAUAAUCUACCUUGAUCUGGGGCUCCACGCAAGAUCUCACCCCGUGGGGUCAAAAUGAUCACAAGAACGGUGAGCAAAAAUCCCAGAACCACACGGGGGGACCUAGUGAAUCACCUGCAGAGAGCUGGCACCAAAGUAACAAAGUCUACCAUCAGUAACACACUGCGCCGCCAUAGACUCAAAUCCUGCAGUGCCAGACGUGUCCCCCUGCUUAAGCCAGUACAUGUCCAGGCCCGUCUGAAGUUUGCUAGAGUGCAUUUGGAUGAUCCAGAAGAGGAUUGGGAGAAUGUCAUAUGGUCAGAUGAAACCAAAAUAUAACUUUUUGGUAAAAACUCAACUCGUCGUGUUUGGAGGACAAAGAAUGCUGAGUUGCAUCCAAAGAACACCAUACCUACUGUGAAGCAUGGGGGUGGAAACAUCAUGCUUUGGGGCUGUUUUUCUGCAAAGGGACCAGGACGACUGAUCCGUGUAAAGGAAAGAAUGAAUGGGGCCAUGUAUCAUGAGAUUUUGAGUGAAAACCUCCUUCCAUCAGCAAGGGCAUUGAAGAUGAAACGUGGCUGGGUCUUUCAGCAUGACAAUGAUCCCAAACACACCGCCCGGGAAAUGAAGGAGUGGCUUCGUAAGAAGCAUUUCAAGGUCCUGGAGUGGCCUAGCCAUUCUCCAGAUCUCAACCCCAUAGAAAAUCUUUGGAGGGAGUUGAAAAUCCGUGUUGCCCAGCGACAGCCCCAAAACAUCACUGCUCUAGAGGAGAUAUGCAUGGAGGAAUGGGCCAAAAUACCAGCAACAGUGUGUGAAAACCUUGUGAAGACUUACAGAACGUUUGACCUAUGUCAUUGCCAACAAAGGGUAUAUAACAAAGUAUUGAGAAACUUUUGUUAUUGACCAAAUACUUAUUUUCCACCAUAAUUUGCAAAUAAAUUCAUUAAAAAUCCUACAAUGUGAUUUUCUGGAUUUAUUUUUCUCAAUUUGUCUGUCAUAGUUGACGUGUACCUAUGAUGAAAAUUACAGGCCUCAUCUUUUUAAGUGGGAGAACUUGCACAAUUGGUGGCUGACUAAAUACUUUUUUCCCCCACUGUAUUUCCAUGAGUGAAAAUCAAUCAACAUUUUGGUAUAUGAACAGGAAUCUCCUGCGCACGCUCAAUGAAGAAGAGGUUCAUUCUUUGGAACGCAACCUCUGUGUCACUCAGGAAGAUGGUUUGGUUGCCCGGCGCCGUUCUUCAGCCAUACCACAUUCAGCCAUCACUCUGGCCCAGCAAUUGGAGCAUACCAUGCAUGGAAAGCAGGGGGCAAAGUUCCAGUCAAGUGUUCCUCCUCAGGCAUGUGUCGUGAUGGAGGAGGACAAGGAGGAUAACCCUUCCCUCCUGCAAGUUGAACCUGGCCGUUUAGAGUGGGACCCAGAGGUUGAGCUGUCGUCCUCCAUGCAGGCUGACAUCAUGGAGAUGGAGCUGCUCAGUAUGAUGUUCUACCAGGUGGGAGAUGAGAUGUCCAGCUUUCUGUCCCCAGCACCUAGCCAGACUUCAUCUCCUUACCCCCAGAGGAGGGGGGCUGCCAGCCUCACCCCCAGCCCCAUGGCCUCCCCUCUCAGGCGCCGCAGGGCUGGGAGCAGAGUGUCGUCUUGUGGUUGGUCCGCUGGUGGGUCAAGUGUAGAGGAAGAGGAGCGUGUCUUCUACAUGGAUGACUUGGACGGGACACAGAAGCAAGGCUAUUCCCUUCCUAACUCCCCACAUCUGAAUAUGAGGCGGAACAUGUCUUGCCCUUCUUCACCGCGGACCAGCUUGUCCAGGAAGUGUGUGGAGGCAGCCCUCCAGCGCAGCAAGAACUGGCCCAGCAGUAGCAGGCUCUCGACCCCAGACCUUGGGGCUCUCUCUGUCCCCUCCAUCUGCCUGAAUGGGGAGGGGUUGAGCCAGAAUGUGAGCCAGGAUGUUUCAAAGACGGCAGAGCUGAUUGCACUGAGGAUGAAGGGGACGAAACUCUCUGCAAAUGGGAUCUCCAAUCCCCCAUCUCCCAACCUGUCUACCUGGACCGAGAAGGUAGAGGAGAAGGUGAAAGAGGAAAACGAUGAUGAUGGCGAAGUGGAUGCACAGCUGCAGUCUCUGAAUGGCGCGGCCACAUACUGCCAGCUCAGCCCCUGUAUCUGCCUUCAGUGCCCCAGUCUGCUUCUAUUCCCACCAGACCAUGACACCUACGGCUGCCUGACUCCCCAAACCCAAGGUCCAGCUCAGGAUACAGGUUUGCCAUUCUGUUCCCCCUUCUCUGCUGUUAGAGGCCCAGCUGAGAAGGCUGUGGGCCCCAGGGAACAGGGGAAGGAGAGGAGCCAUGUGCUGGGCCCAUGGUUCCCUUCAUUACGGGCCAGGGGUCAACAGAGAGAGGGUGUUCCAGCAUCUGUUGCCUACCCCAGCCUGACCCACUGUAGAACCAAUGGAGAUGGGAAGGCUGAACAGCGAGUGGUAGAGGCAGAGCCAGAGGAAUACACCCUGUCCCAAUUCAGGUAUGUGCUAGCCUCAUACUUGCUCUAGUUUGAAAGACGUCUCCCAAAAGUUGAUAAAUUAUACUACUUUUACACUUCUAUAAACCAGUUAAUUUCACUACUUCCUCUAGUGGCACUUUAUAAAUGACUUUAUUUUUUAUAAUACAUGAUGAUAAAAUUGUUAGCCUAGUUUUCAAUGACUGAGCAGAACCUAAUGGUCCCUAUGUCCCUUAGUUCUGUCAGCUAUCAACCAAGCAGUAAUAACAUGGAGGGGAUGGAGCAUCCUGACAUCCAGUUGGCCUGCCACAAUAUCCGAUCCCGUUUCAAUAGCAGCGGUGACCUUCUUCACCGUCUGUUUGUGUGCAUUUCAGGUACAGUAGAUCCUCAUUGUCUUUCACUUUGUCAGAUAUUGUUACAGGGGCGGACUGGGACCAAAAAUGUGCCAAUAUUUUCCCUUUAGAUCCCAAUUAUUAGCCAGAAAAUGUUCAUUUUGCACAAAAAAACCAAGUUAGAAGGCACACUAGACGAAACAUUAGUGCUGAGCUAUUAGUGCUUUUUGAGGUCGGUUCGGUUUCGGUUCAAUACAUUAUUUUUUAAAAAUGAUCACUGUGUUCAAUUUCCUUUUUUUAUUAUUUCUUUAAAUAAUAAAUGCACUAUGCAUUAUGUGGGUUGAAUGUUGUAACAACACUUAAUAAAACAAUUAAUAAAAGUCCCAUGACGGUAGUGACUUCCCAUUACUACUUAGGAACCAUCAUUUAUUCACAUUACUUUAAUAAAAUAUUUCAGUUAUUGUGUAUAUUACAUUUUUUUAUUUGAUGACUUCAUUAUUUAAUUCCAAGUCAUCAUCUCAUCUUUAUAGAGCUGCUGCCUAUGCGGUCUAACAGCUCCAUACUACAUCACACAGUUUGGGUUUGAUCAGAUUUAUCUCUAGAGAAACUGCACAUUGGGCCUACAGAAAAAAACAGAACGAAAUGGAAUUCAAAUAAUUGAACCGAAAUUUCGGUUAAUUGCUCAGCACUACUAAAAAUGGACCAGCCCAUCUGGCAAUUGCCCGAAAUGCCAGAUGGCCAGUCCACCCCUGUAUUGUUAUGUCAUACAGUGACUGGAUAUGCAUAUCCCUCUGUUUGACAUAGCUCUUACAUCAUAAGACUGAGGAGACAAGUGAUCUUAGUCUCUGAUAAUAUAUCAACUCUAACCAGGUGUUGCAGACCAGCUACAAAGCAACUACUCCAGUGACCUAAGAACCAUAUUGAAGACACUGUUCCAGAUAAUGACGACUAAGACAGUUCUUGCAGAAGAAGACAAGCAAAGGAAAGGUACUACAGUGCUUGGGCAUAUCAUGUGAUUUAACCAUGACAUGAGCGAUUCCACACUGCAAAAAGUUCAAAUUAAGCAAGCUUAAAUAUCUUAUAUUGAGUGAUAAUUCACUGAAAAUGUUUUUUUCUUACCAAGCUAAAUUAUCUAACAUCAUUGGCAGAUAAUUCUGCUUAUUUAAAGAUAUUUUUCAAGAUAUUUUACCUUAAUCAUCUUAUUAUUUGCAGUGUCCGUAGACCACAGGUUGUUGGUGGAACAUUAACUGUGGAGGACGUGCUCGUGGUAAUGGCUGGAGCAGAAUAGGUGUAAUGGUAUCAAAUACAUCCAACAGAUAGUUUCCAUGUGUUUGAUGCCAUUCCAUCCCUCUCCGUUCCAGACAUUAUUAUGAGCUGUCCUCCCCUUAGCAGCUUUCUGUGACGUAGACGCAUCCAAAAUCUCUCGACUCCCAGUUCAAUAUGGUCUGUGUCCUGUCCCAUGUCUCACCAGCAUCCUUAGGCCUGAGUAACAUGGCCCUGGAGGACUGUGCCUUGUGUAUGGAGUGGCUGUCCUCCUCCCCACUGAUUGAGCAAGAUGUCCAAUGUGAAGGUGAUGUCUUCUUUUAGUCUUGUCUUUUUAACUGUCCCCUAUUAUCAUUUUCUAACCAUUCACCAAUAACCUCAGUCACAGGCCUCCUGUAGCUCAAUUGGUAGAGCAUGGCGCUUGCAACGCCAUGGUUGUGGGUUCGAUUCCCACGGGGUGCCAGUAUGAAAAAUGUAUGCACUCACUAAGUCGCUCUGGAUAAGAGCGUCUGCUAAAUGACUAAAAUGUAAUGUUCUCUCUGCAGAGCUCCCAGCCUGGGUUCCCGAUGAGGCCUGUAGCGUCUGCACAGCAUGUAACGCCCCCUUCACUGUAAUACGCAAGAAGCACCACUGCAGGAGCUGUGGCAAGGUACCUGUUAAUACCCAGACAAGGGUACCAUAUAAUCACCACUCUACUGUCUCACUUCCAGCCAUGCAAACAUAGCCACACACUUACUAAUGAACACAGACCUGUGAAUGUGUGUGAAUAAUUUUGAAAUGUAUGUCGUCUCAGAUCUUCUGUUCUCGCUGCUCUGCCCGCUCGGCGCCUCUACCCCGGUACGGUCAGGUCAAGGCUGUGAGGGUAUGCACCCACUGCUACGUGUUUCACGUCACCCCAUUCUGCUCCUGGAACGGCAAC